AUCUGAUAUCACUGCGUUACAAGUUUAACAACUUCACCACUUUUUAGGUUACACCAACUCCAUAAUAAUCUCAUAAACCCUCUUACAUAUAUAUUCUCCUCUUCCCAUACUCAUUUCAUUCAACCAAAAAUCCUUCAAAACAUUCCAGCAAUUAAUCCAACGCAUAGAAGUACUGCUAGUUAACAGCCCGAAAACAUGAAGAAAUCAUCCAUGUCAUUCUGCAUCAUGAUAGUGCUACUAGCAACAAUGCACACAGCAAAAGCUGUUGCUACGCCAGAAACUCCUGUCAUUGAAUUAUAUAUGCACGAUAUUCUAGGAGGGAGUAACCCUACAGCCCGGCCAAUCACUGGUCUUCUUGGGAACAUCUAUAAUGGGCAGGUACCCUUUGCUAGGCCACUCGGGUUUGUUCCCCCUAAAAAUGGGGUGGCCAUCCCUAACAGUGGUGGUUCCAUUCCAACUUUGAAUUCCAACGGUGUCCCACUAGGAACAGGGUUGGCGGGUACAGCCUUUGCCGGAAGUAACAACAACAACAACCAGAAGAACAUCAAUACGGCACAGCUUUUACCUGAUGGAUUAGGCCUUGGGUUCGGGACUAUUACAGUAAUUGAUGAUAUUCUGACAACUUCUCCUGAUUUGAGUUCACAGACAGUUGGAAAGGCUCAAGGUGUUUAUGUUGCUAGUUCAGCUCAAGGGAGCACACAAAUGAUGGCCUUCACUGCUAUGCUUGAGGGAGGAGAAUACGGAGACAGCAUCAAUUUCUAUGGUAUUUACAGGAUUGGAAGUCCUCAUUCUAGGUUAUCAGUAACAGGUGGCACUGGAAAAUUCAAGAAUGCGUGUGGAUUCGCUGAGCUUCGACCACUGAUACCAUCUGGACAGCACGUUACAGAUGGGGCAGAGGCGCUACUCAGGAUUUUGAUCCAUUUGAAGUACUGAUAACAGAAGAAUCUACUGAAAAAGUCAUUGUGUGAUCUAUUUGUGCUUGGUUUUUGUAUGUGUUUCAGUUUCUAGCUUUUCCAUCUUUAUGGUAAAAAUGAAAGUAAAAAGAAAGCAUGUAAUUCAUUGUACUCAUGUAACAUAAUAUAUAUUUCUCACGUGUUUCGCAA